UAUAAAUAUUGCUUUGUACAUGCAAAUUUUCUAAUUAAAAAGAAAGGAAAAAAAUAUAACUUUUUUUCUUAAAAAAAUUAAUCAACAUGAAAGGGGGAAACUUUAUAAUCAGGUAACAUAUUUUAGAAUUAGGUAGGGUCCCAAUAUUAUGUCCAUCAAUUUCACCUUUUAUGCUCUGCCAAAUCUCCAUAUAAGAGCAUAUAGCAGGGAAGAGGUCACCAUAUCAGUUAUAAGGGCAUUUUUCCGGCGAACCUUUGCCACACCCCUCUAUUCUCUCUUUCUCUCUCCUCCCUCCCUAAACUACUAGCAUUCUAGUGGAACAAAGAACAUAGAAUAUCUUAGAAUGUGCCUCUAGAGAAUCACUUCCUUUGGCGUCGAUAAAUACUCGGAUUGUGUUCUUCAUUCAAACCCACUCCCUCUUACACAUUCUCUCACGAAAACGAGUUCAGACGAAAAGAUGGUGAAGUUCUCUAAGCAGUUUGAGGCACAGCUUGUGCCGGAAUGGAAAGAUGCUUUCGUCGAUUAUGAGCAACUAAAGAAGGAGCUUAAGAAGAUUCAGUUCUUAAACACUGAUAAAAACUCUUCUAAACAACAAAAUAAGGCUUCUUUUCCCUCUUCCUUGUUUUCUUCCCUAGGGAAGUUCUCCUCAUUUGGCCAGAAACAUAGAGAUCAUGCCACAAUUCAUGUUCAUAGGAAGCUAGCAUCUUCGGCGAGCAGAGGGGAUAUGUAUGAGACUGAAUUGCUGGAGCAAUUCGCCGAUGUUGAGGCUGCUGCUGAAUUUUUCACUUGUUUGGAUCGCCAACUCAACAAAGUGAACCAGUUUUAUAGGGUUAAGGAGAAAGACUUUGUUGAGAAAGGAAAUUCAGCUAAGAAGCAGCUUGAUUUCUUGAUUCAGGCGAGGAGCGAACUCAAGAGGAAGAAGGAAGCUUCUUCUCAGGAUUCCAAUGAUGAUCCCUCCAUUUCAAGCCAACUCUCCUCUGCAGAGAUAGAGUUAAUUGAGAAAGCAGAGGAAACAGAGCAAGAACAGGGCCAAGACAGCUCCACUGAUGAAAAUGAGAAAAAUGACAAUGAAUCCCCAAAAUCCGAUGAGACGGAAAAAUCAUUGCGACGAAUCAAAAGAGAUGACAGUGGUUCAAGGAGCUUCUCUAGUAGGGUUUUUAAUUGCAAGGGGAAGAACUUAACCAUUAACAUUCCACUAACGACGCCAUCUCGAACCUUCUCAGCUAUAGGUUCCUUAGUUUGGGAAGACGUUAUAAAUCACAAUUCUACAAAGAAAGCCAAUCCAAGAGGAAUUCACAUCAACAAAAGUAACCUACAUCAUGCAGAAAAGAUGAUUCGAGGCGCGUUUCUUGAGUUAUAUAAGGGUUUGAAUUACCUUAAAACUUACAGGAACUUAAACAUGCUUGCAUUUGUCAAAAUCUUAAAAAAGUUUGACAAAGUAACUAACAAAGAAGUACUGCCAAUUUACCUCAAAGUGGUAGAAAACUCCUAUUUCAACACCUCUGACUUGGUUAUGCGAUUAUCUGAUGAAGUUGAAGAGCUAUUUGUUAAGCAUUUUGCCAAUGAUGAUAAGAGAAAAGCCAUGAAAUACCUCAAGCCAAAUCAUCGCAAAGAAUCCCAUGCAGUAACCUUUUUCAUAGGUCUGUUUACAGGAUGCUUUAUUGCACUUCUAGCUGGUUAUGUCAUCAUGGCUCAUCUAAUGGGAAUGUACUCUAAACAAUCACCUGACACAGUUUACAUGGAAACUGUAUAUCCUGUUCUAAGUAUGUUCAGCUUAUUGUUCCUGCACAUCUUCUUGUACGGGUGCAAUAUCUUCACCUGGAAAAAGGCGCGAAUAAAUUACAGCUUCAUCUUGGAGCUAGCUCCGACUAAGGAACUCAAAUUUAGAGAAGCGUUCUUAAUCAGUACUGCUUCAAUGACUGCUAUUCUAGGGGUCUUGUUCAUUCACCUGUCACUUGCAUCCAAAGGAUACUCCUCUACCCUAGCUCAGGCCAUCCCAGGCUUUCUUUUAUUGUUUUUCAUGCUGUUGUUGUUCUGCCCUUUCAACAUUGUGUAUCGAUCAACUCGGUACAGAUUCCUUCAAGCUAUAAGGAAUAUAGUUUUUUCACCUCUAUAUAAGGUUGUUAUGCUAGACUUCUUCAUGGCUGACCAACUCUGUAGCCAGGUUCCUCUGCUCAGAAACCUCGAGUAUGUAGCUUGCUACUACAUCACAGGGAGUUACAAGACUCAGGAUUACGGAUACUGUGUGAGGACUACACAUUACAGAGAUCUCGCAUAUGCCGUUUCCUUUCUACCAUACUACUGGAGAGCAAUGCAGUGUGCAAGAAGGUGGUUCGACGAAGGGCAGGCUACACACCUAGUGAAUCUGGGUAAAUAUGUGUCAGCUAUGCUGGCAGCGGGAGCUAAGCUGGCAUACGAAAAAGAGAAGUCGACAGGAUACUUAUGCCUAGUUGUAGCCUUGUCAAGUGGUGCCACUAUGUACCAAUUGUACUGGGACUAUGUAAAGGAUUGGGGAUUGCUUCAAUUUCAUUCCAAAAAUCCUUGGUUAAGGAAUGAAUUAAUGCUCCGCAAGAAGUUCAUUUACUAUUUCUCCAUGGUAUUGAACCUGAUAUUAAGGCUAGCUUGGCUACAAACAGUUCUCCACCCGAAUUUUGGGGAUGUUGAUUACAGAGUAAUUGGGCUAUUUUUAGCUGCCCUGGAAGUGAUCAGAAGAGGACAAUGGAAUUUCUAUAGAUUAGAGAAUGAGCAUCUAAAUAAUGCCGGCAAAUUUAGAGCAGUUAAACAGGUACCACUCCCUUUUCAUGAAGUGGAUGAGGAAGAAUGAUAAUAUUUUUUUUGAGGCGACAGCAAUGACUGGAAUGAAAGGAAUACAGUUCUGAAUCCAGAGGAUGGUGGUUUCAGGUCCUAUUGUUUUCGAUUCACACUGCACUUACAGGACGUGAAUGCCACAAAGCAUCAACUAAGUUCUUUUGUUCCCCUAAUCAAGUAUAUUCCUAGGAAAAUACUUCAUAAAUGUGCAUAAAUUGAUUCUUCGGAUUUUGUUAAUGAAAAUUAAACUCGCGUAUCUUAACGAGA